AUGGACUGCAUCGCCGAGACCGAGGGGAAGAUGGCGCAUGACCCGCUGACAUACUGCCUGAGCUUCACCGAGGAGACCGAGGGCAAGAUGGAGCAGGACCCGCUGAUGUACAGCCCACGCAGCGCCGUGAGGACCACGACAACCGGCAUCCCCGUUGGCGACCAAGCCGGGGCCAUGCUACCGGGGACGCUGAUCGUGGGCGCGGGGCCAGCGGGGUUGGCGUGCGUGGCGGGGCUCACCAUGGGAUCCGUGCCCUACACACUCAUGGAGCGCGACGUGUGCAUCGCCUCGAUGUGGCACCACCGCAUGUACCGCAGCUACCCCAUGUACCCAACCCAGCAGCAGUUCCUCGCCUACAUCGACAAGUACAUGCGCACCUUCAGCAUCUGCCCCUUCUUCCGCCAGGAGUGCCGCUCCAAAUGGCUCAUUGUGGCCACACGGGAGAACGCCGAGCCUGUUGUACCUGAGAUUGAGGGAAUCCAUAGCUUCACGGGCCAGGUCAUGCACUCUAGCGAAUACCACAGCGGCGAGGCCUCCCAAGGCAAGAAGGUGCUCGUGAUCGGCCGUGGCAACUCCGGCAUGGAGGUGUCUCUCGACCUCGCCAACCAAAAUGUGCACACCUCCAUGGUUGUGCGCGAAUUGGGGCACAUCCUUCCAAGAGAGAUCAUGGGGCUCUCAACUUUUACUUUAUCCUUGUGA